AUGAGCCUCCAACCAACUUUUACCGGCCACGUCGACACUACUCAAGAUGCUCUCAUUCUUUUCCAAGCCACUCUUGAUGGCAAAUUGCCUGCAGUCUCACGAAGGCCUCACGACCGUGAACGCAGCGAAUUGGUCAAGUCGGGCUCCGUUUUUGUCUUUAAUGAAAAUAGCUCCGGUAUUAAACGAUGGACUGACGGUAUUGCUUGGUCUCCUUCUCGAAUUUUGGGUAACUUUUUGGUUUACAGACAACUUGAAAAACCAUUUACACCAGGUGAAAAAAAACAAACCAACAAGCGUCCAAGACGAAAGCGUGCUUCAUCCUCUUCUUCUACUGGAAGUACUCCCUAUAGCCGCUCAUCUCCUGGCCGUGAAGAAGAAAUCAAGUAUCCUAUGACUACUGGUGGAGCUCCAGGUUCUGUUACAGGCUCUUCUUUGCCUAUCAAUAUUGAACUUCCCAAUCAACAGGAUAUGUCUCCUUCUGGAAUCCCCAUUGAGCGAAAUCUUGUUGGCUCUCUGGUUGACUCUUAUGGGUUUAAAAAGGAUGGUCUUAUUAAAAAGACUAUUUCAAUCAUGAUUGAUAAUAUCCAACACCAUCUUGUUUCAUAUUAUAAACCUGAAGAUGUUUUGGCUGGCAUUUUUGAACAACCUUCUAAGUGUGCCUUUCUUAAAGAUAUUACCAUUUCUGAUGAACUAAUACACCGCCAAAAUUUUCGCAUUCCUUUGGAGCCUGGUCAGGGUCCUUCUGGACAAACCUUGAUUGAAAGUACAGCCGGUUUACAAUCCCGCAGUGCGGCAUUGCAACAACAUCAACAACAACAACAACAACAAACUUAUCUUCUCAAUGCACAGGCUACUGCUGUUGGGGCCCAGGCGGCUCCAGCCGCACCAGUCAGCACAUAUCAAGAUUUGUCACCAUAUGAUGUGGAAACAUUUUCUCAAUUUGACUCGACAGGAAUGGCUCGCACAACAGGUUUGGUAAAGACUGAGUCAUCACCCCAAGGUGCUUAUUACCGCAGUCCUCAUCAGAUUUCUCAAUCAUCAUCUUCAAGUACAGCCAUGUCAAUGUCUUCAACAUCAGGCUCUCAUUCAGGUGUGCACCAACAACAACCUCAGUCUCCUACACAGUCGCACUCUCAACAGCAACAGCAGCAACAACAGCAGCAACAGCAACAGCAGCAACAGCAACAACAGCAACAACAACAACAACAACAACAACAACAACAACAAUUGUCUACUAAUGGCUACAUUUCAAACUUUCGCCAAUUUAAUACUGGCUUUUCAUCUAUGACUCAACAACACCUUCCACCUCAGUACCUGUCUGCCUCUGCAUCCAAUGCUAAUCCUUCAAGUCAUGAUUAUUAUCAGUCGCCACUGCCACCUCCAAGUCAAUACUAUUCUCAACCUGUGCGCAGUUCAUCGGCAACUUCUUCCACUACAUCCCAUUCAUCUGGUCUGACAACAUCUUCUUCCACAGACUCUACGGCACUUUCAUAUGGUGGUCAAUCUCAGCCCGGUUACUCUUAUAGUCAGAUUUAUGCGGGCCAUGAUUAUCAUAUUGACCCACAAGCAGGUGUUUCUGAUCCCCGCCGUCUUCCUGAUGUGUCUGUCAGUGCCACACAUGCUCUGUCGGGAACAUCAUCUGCCAUUGCUGCUAGUUCAGGUCUACAGCGCAAUAAUAUCAGCGUCUUGGCGUCUGGCCAACCUUCUCCAGUUCAUCAGCAAUCUGUUCAUUCUCAGGUUCCUUACAAUUACAAUUAUACUAAUUAUCGAUGA